AUCACAUCUAAAUAAAUCAUGGCUUCAUCCUUAACUCACUUCUAUCUUAUAAGCUUGCUUUUCUUGAUGAUCUCCUUCUUUCAACCAACUUUGCACCAACAAUUAUGCCACAAGGAUGAGCAUCUUGCCUUAGUGCAGUUCAAAGACAGCUUUGUCAUUGAAAGACAUGCCUGUGCAAAUCCAUUUGCUUACCCCAAAGUUGAUCUUUGGAAAUUUCAAGGUAUUGAUUGUUGUUCCUGGGAGGGCAUCCAAUGUAACCAAUAUACUGGUCAUGUCAUAGCCCUUAAUUUAAGCAGUAGUUGUCUUUUUGGUCAUAUCAAUUCUAGUAGCAGCCUUUUCCGCCUUGGUCAUCUUCAAUACAUCAACCUUGCUUUCAAUGAUUUCAAUUACUCUGAGAUACCACCAGCAUUGGGCAAUCUUUCUAGGUUAACUUAUCUCAACCUUUCUAAUUCUUUCUUCCAUGGUCAUGUACCAUCUGAAAUUUCAAAACUCUCCAAGUUAGUUAAGCUUGACUUGUCUUUCAAUCUUGAUUAUUCAUAUCAAGGAUUGUUGGAGCUCAAAAGAUCCGAUUUAAAUAGCUUGAUUCAUAACUUAACCAAGCUAGAAUGGCUUGACCUUUCUUUGGUUCAUAUAAAUUCUCCAAUACCUAAUGCACUUGCGAAUUUGUCAUCAUUGAUAUGUCUCCGUCUUAUUCAAUGUGGAUUGUUUGGAAAGUUUCCCACAUCCAUUUUUCAACUAUCAAAACUUGAGUACCUUUUUGUGGGUGGCAACUGGGGUCUUACUGGUAGUUUUCCUGAAUUUCAAUUUAGCAAUCCGCUUAAGGUACUAUCAGUUACUAACACAAGUUUUUCUGGUGAGUUUCCAUCAUCAUUUGGGCUCCUUAGCUCUUUGAAACAUUUGGAAGUUCAAAAUUGCCACUUUUCAGGAUUAUUGCCAUCUUCACUUUCUAAUCUCACCGACCUAUACUUCUUUAGCCUUUGGAAUAAUUCUUUCAAGGGAUCGGAGGUUCCAUUCUUAUCAAAUCUCACGCAACUAAGACAUGUUGCUCUUGGCUUAAAUCAAUUUACUUUUAGUGAGAUCCCUUCUUUUGCUAGCUUGAUUCAUCUCCAUGUAUUAGACCUUUCUUAUAAUCUUGUUACUGGUCAAUUUCCAUCUUGGCUUGCGAACCUAACCCAAUUGACAUGGUUGACCCUUAGGUGGAAUAUGUUAGAAGGGCAACUUCCAAGCUCAAUUUCUAGACUCAAGAAUCUUGUAGUAUUCGAUGUUGGCUUCAAUAACUUGAGUGGUACAGUGGAGUUUGACACAUUUAUUAGGCUCAAACACCUUAAAGCUUUGUCUUUCUCCUCCAAUACCUUUUCAUUACAAACCAAAAUUGUUACUAACAGCACAAUUCAAAAGUUUGUAGAAUUAGGACUAGGUUCGUGUAAUUUAGGAGGGUUUCCAAAUUUCUUGCGUAACCAAGAUCAGCUUUGGAUCCUAAACCUUUCAUCCAACAAAAUUCAUGGUCAAAUUCCCAAAUGGUUAUUGAAAAUUUGUGCAAACUUGUGGUUUUUGGAUCUCCAUAACAACUUUUUGACAAGUUUUGAAGAAUCCCUUAAUGUCAUUCCAUCCAGUCUACUCAUUCUAGACCUUAGUUGUAACUUUCUCAUAGGGUCUCUACCAAUUCCACCACACUCCAUGCUCAUGUACAAUGUUUCAAAAAAUAAAUUCAAUGGAGAAAUCCCACCUCAAUUUUGCAGCAUGAUUUCUCCACAAAUUCUUGAUUUGUCCCACAAUAACUUGACUGGGGUUAUACCAAAAUGUUUUGGCAACCUAAGCAAGUCCUUAUCAAUUUUGAAUUUGGAAGAAAACAACUUCCUUGGUACCAUUCCUGAUACUUGGGCAAUUGGAAGUGAACUCAAGGUAAUUAAACUGGGACAUAAUAAUUUGCAAGGCAAGUUGCCCAAGUCAUUGGUCAACUGCAAGAUACUAGAGCUUCUUGAUCUCAGUAACAAUCAAAUCAAAGACACUUUCCCUUCUUGGUUGGGAGCUCUUCCUCAAUUGAAGAUUAUCAUCUUACAUUUUAAUGGGUUCUAUGGUGCAAUCAGUGGUGCAGAGUCAGAUCUCUUGUUUCCUAAUCUUCAAAUCAUUGACAUUUCUCAUAAUGAAUUUGUGGGAUCUCUGCCAAUGGACUACUUUAAGAGAUGGAAUGUUAUGGCAAAUCUUGAUGGGAAGAACUUGACAUAUUUGCAUGCAGAUUACAAUAUAGUGGUGAAUAUUGUUGCUGCACCUUAUCAUGUUCUUUACUCAAUGACAAUAACAAACAAAGGGGUGAUUAGGGAAUAUGCAAAGAUCUUUGAGAUUUUCUCAGCCAUAGAUCUCUCUUGCAACAAAUUCACAGGAGAGAUUCCAAAAGUUGUGGGAAAUUUGACAAGACUCCAGCUUCUCAACCUUUCCAACAACAUACUUAUUGGUCCCAUCCCACCAGUCUUGGGAUUUCUAAAAAACCUCGAAGCGUUGGACCUUUCUCAUAACAAGCUCACUGGAAGAAUUCCUUCACAGCUAACACAACUCAAUUUCCUUGGAGUCUUCAAUGUGUCUUAUAACUAUCUGACAGGAGCUAUCCCAAAAGGCCAGCAAUUUAAUACAUUUGAAAGUAGCUCAUUUGAUGGGAAUGUAGGACUCUGUGGAAUGCCACUAUCAAAGAAAUGUGAUUACUCAGAGUCCAAGGCUUUGCCUCCAUCUUCAACCUUUGAACAAGACUCAAGAUUGCUUGUUGAAUUUGGUUGGAAAGUAGUUUUGUUGGGUUAUGGAUGUGGAUUCCUUGUUGGUGUGGUCAUUGGGAUCAUUGUAUUUUCAAAAAGACAAGAAUGGUUUUUGAAGACUUUUCGAGUUAGGCAAGGUAGGAGAAGAGGGAUAGGAACAUUGAGUAGGAGGAUUAGAAGAAGAUGAAUAUUGCUGCUAGAAUUCCUUGUAUUUCAUUUUCUGUUUCUUUUCCCCUUUUUUGUGAGUCUAUUGCUUAUUUCAAGUCAAGUUUAGUGCAAUAGCAAAGUAUUGUAAGAUGAGUAAAUUAAAUUUGCAUGAAUAAAAUGCACGGUAACUU